GACAACAGUAGCUGUGGCAGAUAUUUGAUUAAUCUAGUAUUGGGAUGUGUUUGCGAGCUAUUGCUUACAUUUAGUGUGAAAGAAAAGUGCUGAACAUAGGUUUUGAUUAUGACAAUAUUCAGAAACAAAAAGAGGAGUCACAUAAAUACAGGAAAUAAUAAAUAAUAAUAAAACAAUGCUGAAAAAAUACUUAAUUUCAUUACUGCGUAACUGAAGAAAGUUAUGUUUAAAUAUUUGAAAACGUGCCAAUAAAUAAUUUAAUAAGCACUUGUUCAGCAGUUAAAAGGGUAUUAACAGCGAAAAUGGAUGUUUUAAAAUGUUUUCUCUGAUUAUUUUAUCUUAUUCAUAGACAUUCCCGGCAGAUAUUUAUUUCAAAAAUGACUUUCAAUGGAACUACGUCUGAAGUAGCAGGUGAAAACGUAAGCAUGGAAAACGCAACUGAUAUACCUCUUCCUGUUUUUGAUGAAAUGAACCUUGUCAAAUUACUUGUUAAUGGAACUUUGUUUAUUUUGUCGCUGUUUGGAAACAUAUCAACGAUUGCUCAAAUGUACAGAAUGCGGCGGCGAAAAUCUACGAUAAACACUUUAAUUAUAAAUCUAGCAACGGCGGACUUAUUGGUGGCGUUUUUCUGUAUGGGAGUCGAGGCAGUUUGGGCCGCAACGGUACAAUGGUAUGCUGGAGACUUUAUGUGCAAGGCAAUCAAGUUCGCACAAGUUUUCUCCUUCAAUUUGUCCACAUACAUAACAGUUGUGAUCAGUUUAGACCGAUGUUUUGUGAUAAUGGAUCCAAUUAGUCGUCACAAGGCGCCAAAGAGGGUCCGCAUAAUGAUAGCAGCUUCUUGGUGCUUUUGUGCUAUCCUAAGUAUACCUCAGAUAUUCAUAUUCCAAACAGCGAAGGGUCCAUUUCGCGAACACUUUGUCCAAUGUAUAGAUAUGGGGUAUCACGACGUUGCAUGGGGUAAACGAGUUUACAGCAUCGUGUCAUUACUUCUUAGUUUCAUCGUGCCGCUGCUCAUCAUGGGGAUCGCGUAUGGAUUAAUAUCAGGCACAAUUACCAGGAAAUCAAAGGAUUUUAGAGAACCUGAAGAGAGUUCCAUAUCAUCCGAGUAUGGUCAGGGCCGCGGUCAGGUUCGCACUCAUCUGUUCCGGAAGGCCAAACGGAAAGCACUGCGCAUGUCUAUAGUCAUAGUAGCAGCCUUCAUUAUCUGUUGGACGCCAUAUUAUGUCGUGUUCAUGUACUUCACAUUCCUCGAUUUGAGUGCAAUGCCUAGGAAAACCAUGUUGCCACUGUUAUUUAUCGGCCAUUCCAAUGCGCUUAUCAAUCCAAUGAUAUACGGAGCCUUCCAACUUUGUAAGGUGCAUAAACCAAGGUUUUGGAGAAGAAACGAAUGGCAGAGUUACUCCAUGCGCAUGAAGCGAACCGUUCCACACGUACUAGACCCCAACGGCUACGUAGUUGUGAAGCACAAAAACCUUGUCGUUUUAUGUCACAACGAAGCCGCUCUCAGCCCUGGUAUGAACGACAUGAAGGACAAGUCAAAACAGCCGUGUGUCAUAGUGUUAUAUAAAGUCAACAACAGCCAAGACAACGUUAACAUCCUUAAGUCAACGUCGAGUGAAAUAAAUAGUUCCUAUCGGGAGCAUUAGGCGAUAAUUGUCUUUGAACGAGCCGUGGUUGUAUGUCACAGAGAGUCGUUCUCAUUUAGAACGAUAGAUAAACAAAACAAUUUAAAUUCGUUGAGUAGAUUAAACCAGGUUGAAGGCGUCAGACAGUUGAAUCUUUAUAUAGCAAUGGAUGAUAUGAUUAAAUAGUAAGUUAACGAAUAAUAUAUAUAAUAUCUUAAUUCAACUCGAGAAACUGUUUGAUGAGCCAUUACCUUUUCUAUUAUUCCAUUGACAUAAUAGUAAAAAGGCAUUACCAUCAAAAUAAUCUGCAAGUAUACAAGAACGGGUUAUGUACUGCUAACAUCAAGUUCAUCUUACUUAAACGCCAAUAAGACAAACAUAGAAAAAUGAUUAACGAGGACAAUUCAAUCAUAUUAUUUGAUGAUAAAGUAUUCGAGAAUACUUUAAAUCUGUUAAGGAAUUCAAAUAAUGCAUAUAAACAAUUAUUUUCAAGUGAACUAAAAAAGCGUCUAUAUUGUCCGUUCAACGGUGUCAAUGACAGAUAACAGAUUAAUAUAUUUCGGCCAUUUGACCUUUUCUUUUUCCGUCGUCUUCAUGAUUUAGUCACAUUUCGUUAAACCAUAGGAUAUAUUCCACCAAGGAACCAUAUCACUCGUAUAAUUAUGUAUAUACAGGUUUGACGAUUGUUGAACAAA